AUGACGCUUAUCUCGAAGGAAGUCGAUGAGGAUCUCGAUCUCAUCAAAGUUACCGCUAAAUAUGGGGGAAGCAUGAAGCUGUGUAGCUCUGUUUGGCGCGACGCCCUCGAUAUUGGCGACUUGCCAAAGCUCAGAGACAACCUGGAGCCGAUGGAGAAGAAAAGGAAACUCGACCGAGACUUCCCCAUUAUCAAUUUUGUCCUUCCGAUAUUGAAAAUCGUAUUCAAGCUUCUCGACAGCAAUGUCGAGCCGCAAGAUUACGAACCUGGAUCUUUCGCAGAGUGGCCGGUGACACACCCCAUACACACCUACAGAGCCGUCAUCGAAGCUUCGGACAUGUACGAUCUUCCGGAAAUCGUACCUCGUUUCUUCGAAAUGCUUUGGCAGCUAGCUUCCCGCAAUAAACAAUCGGCAUUCUUCGUUUUCGUUGUCGCAUGCGACUGCAAAGACGCUGCCCUAGCUCGAUUUGCCAUCCAGAACUUCAAAGAUCUCACCCACCCAGUCUACUUCUCAAGGAACAUUGCUCGGCAGCUGGAAAUCGGUGGGUGGCGAGUAUUGUUAAGAGCGGUCCACGGACUCGCUGCUGGGAGGAUUGACUGGCAAGCGGUUGCAAAGGCUGCAGAAUUCCCCGAAGAUUGGAAACAGUCCAGCAAAGUCUGGGAUACCCUCGGACUGGCCAUCGAGGUCGAGGAAGAACCCAUCCUCUCCGCUCCCUCUGACUGA